CUGCCUAUAUCCAUACUUCUACUUCUAUCACCCAUCCCACCCCUCCCAUACCUGCCCCAAACAAGUAGUUGUCUCUAAGAAAACAAACCGUCGCUUGUUGCUCCUUUUCUGCUCGUCGCUCGCUCGCUUCUGCUCCUCCACCUCCUCCUCCUCCCCCACCUCGACUCGUCAAACCACUCACAUCGCAUCCAGUGUCUAUCUCAUUUAAAGUCCACUCCACCUCCCGCACCGCACGGCUUUGGUUGUGCACCCCCUCUACAAAAGUACCUAGCCAAUUCCAGUGGUCCAGCGCCCAGUACCCACUGAGUAAAAAGUCCGGGAUCCAACCCAAGUCCAGUCCCACUCGCAGUUCCAGUCCCCAGCAUCUGCCGCCAACGUCAAGCGCUACUUUCCGUGGGUUCAUGUUCCUCCCCUUCCUUUAACACCUCCACACCUCCCGCGUAACCACUUCACCCUCAUUUGCCUCAACUCCUUUGACUCUUGUUCCAACAGUUCACCCUUUGCUCCUUACUUCCAGCUUGUCCGAGGCAGUCAAGUCAAUCAUACAAUUAUUUUUCCCAUCCCAGCAAUCCUACGCUUUUCCACUUCCUGUUCGCCUGGUUGGUCGCCAUCUCGACUUUCACUACCGAGGAGACUCAACUGGAAUCGCCAGCAUCUGAUCUUGCACUUUGGCAUUUUCUCUUACCAUAAUAAUAGCCUUUCUAAUUUUGACCCUUCAUCUGUUCUUUUCACAUAAUACCGAGGAUCAUUUAUUCACCAUUCACCAACGCGGUUUCGUUCCUCGGACGACCGGUCCUGACAUCGAUACUCGACUCUUGCAGCUACAACCGCACUCAGCUCCACCCAACUUAUACCCCCGCCGAUUCCCAAUCGGCUUUGUUGGGACUCGGAGCUUCGAGAGCGUGUGGCACUUUCAGAUCCUCGACAGGCUCGAUCCCUUCUUGAAAUUGGUUCGACGAUGCCGAAUAUGGGGUAUCUCGAUCCCUCCUACCACCAGUAUCACGACCAGAUGAAUACCAUGUCGCCAUACGAAGCUCAAAUGCACAACUAUAUGACCCAGCAAAAUUCCUCCAUGAUGACGAUGCCUCCAGCCAAAACUAAUGAGACGAAACCCCGGCUAGGGAAGGACGAGGUGGAUAUUCUGGAGCGGGAGUUCAAAAAGAACCCCAAACCAACAACUCAGGUGAAGAGGGGAUUCGCCGAGGAUAUGGGUGUUGAUUUGGCACGCAUCAAUGUAUGUUAGACUACCGUGACGAACCCGAUCAUCAGACUGACAAGAAACAGAAUUGGUUCCAGAAUCGACGAGCGAAGCGUAAGCAAGAGAAGAAGCAGGAAGCGUAUGAGGCGGGACAGGCACAAGAGGCUCUGGGGUUCUCAGAUAAUGCCUCAUCACCAGACUUUUUUCACUCAAACGGUUACUAUAAUGAUAUUCAACAACAACCGGCCUCAUUUUCACUUUUGGCUGGCCACCCACCACCACCACCACCACCCGUCGCCUCAUACAAUCCACAAUAUGCUGAUCCUUCCGGGGCUAGUAUGGAGUCGCUUCAUCGAUCGAUGGCUCAGGCCGCUUCUCACCACGACUUUCACAAUAACAACUUCUUGGAACACAAUGAUUCAAGGUUGAACUUCGGUGAUUCGUACCUUCACGAUUCACCUCGUGGUGAUCGUGCACAGUUCCCAGCUCCUGACAACGUCGUCUCACAUUUCGAAAACAAUGAAAGUUACUCGUUUCCAACGACUCUUGCCAAUGGCAUGUAUAGCAGCUCGCCUCAAUCAUUCCAUGACGUCGAAUCGUCUCCAGUCCAGACGACCAACCAAACUCCAACACCAUAUAGCUAUUCAAAUUCUUCUGGGUCCGACUCGACCGGCUCACAAACACUUUCCCAUUUCCCUUCACAACUAUUAUCUCAGAGUCAUGAUGGACUUCCGGCUCUGAUGGCCGAUUCCAGCGAUACCCAAAGUCCCGAAGAAAGUAGCGAGUCUCACGUCUCACUUGAUUUCAAGUAUGAUGUGACUGCAUCUCAAGACCAUGAAAUGUCGUCUCCACCAGCUCCAUCCAUUCCCUUCAAAGCGUCAGCUCCAAUGGACAUAGCAUCUCGUCGAAAAAAGGUGCACGUGAAGCCGGCAGCCUUGGCUGCGGAAACUCUCCGUAACCGACCAUCGAUGGGACCCAGAACCGUGUCUAAUGCUGAUGGAUUCCGUCGGGGUGUGGAUAGUCCAAUGGGCUCACCAAUGCGGCGAAUUGUAUCAGCUGGUGGCAAUAGAAAUAACACCAUCUCUGGUCGAAUAUGCAAACCCGGUGUCGAGUCCGCUCAACGAUCACCGAUCAACCUGGGAGGCUUCUCUGAUGCGGGAGCGUUCAUGGAACACAACUUUCGUAGCAUUCGCAACCCACCUAGUCUGACAGCUCUCUCAUCUCUCAACAGCAGUCUCGCACCACCAACUCCCAUGUCUCCACGCGAGAGAGAGAUGACACUUAGAAAGGAAAGCGCCCGAUCGACAGCCUCUCCCCACGAGGGAAGCAUGAACUUCGUCUUCAACAACAACCUUCCCAGCUGUUUCACCAGCCUCGACAGCGACCAGAACCUCGCCUCCCCUCCAGAGACACCCCACGCCCACCUCAUCCUCCAACAGCCCCCCACGGGUUGGCCCUCGGCUCUUGACUACCCGGACAAACAAUGGUCCUACGACGUCUCCGACGAACCCCUCUACACGCCCGCUCACGACAACUUCCCCUUGGAGCUCCAAAUGCCCCAACCCACCUACCUCUCCACAAUGAGCCAGCCCGUGACCCCGGCCUUUGGCCACUUCCACCCGGCCCUCAUCUUUGGCGCUGGCACCGAGUCGCCUCGCUUCAAGGAGAGUCCCCAGUACGCGCUUCCUACGCAGGGUGGUGCGGAAUACACCUUCCCGGACGCAGCCCAGAGGUUUGGAAUUGGCAUGGGGAUGGGGACGUUGACGAGUCCGUUGUCGAAGCAGAAGACUUUUCAGUUUAGUAAUACUACAGCCGCGGAUUUUUCGGAGAAGUGAGGUUUUGUGUGUGAGAGUAAGAUAGUUGGAGUGUGUGUGUGUGUGUGUUUAAUGGGAAUGGAAGGGGGUUCUUAAAAGGAAGGGGGAGGGGGUCAUUGCAUUUUUCUUGGUUGGGAGGGAGGGAUGGAUGGUGUUUAAUUGUUCUUUUUAUUUGGAAAAGAUCUUUGGAUUGGAUUGGAGUUACUUGAUGCACAGCACAGCACCGUGUGGGAUUUUUGUGAUGGGGGCGUUUUUUACAUUAUACUUUUGUUGUUGUUUACAAAAAGACUUGUUUUCUUUCUAUUCUUUUUUAUUUAUUUUUUUCAUUUCCUUUUCUUUUAAGAUACAGCAGACAGACAGAAAGAUUCUUUUUUUUGGGGGAG